AUGCCUGGUAUCCACCCCAGACAUGGUUCGCUUCGUUUUCGUGGCUUGGCUUCCCUACGGGAGAUGCGGCGUCAAUUUUGUCGAUCGAGGCGAAGGGCGAGGCUACCAGAGCUAGAGGCACGGCUGUCUCACUACAAUGUCCACUACCUGCACCCUAUUUCCAGGUACACUGCCAACGCUGGCACACCAAGGCGGGUCGACGACGAAGAGAUACUCGACUCAGGCCGCAGCUACGAAAUCGUCCGCCGCGAUGGCCGUAUUUUUCAACGUCCAAUCAUUAUCAGAAAUACUCCACCAUUAAUCCGACCUCCAAGGUGGAUCUCACGCGUUAUCACGGCAUUGCCAGAAGGCGUAGAGGAAGAGUUUCUUCGAGAAGGCGUGCUCCGAAGAUGGCAGAGAAUAGUCGGAGUCCUGACCAACGAUGACGGGCUGAUUCAACAUUUCGAACGCGAUGAAGAAGAUAUGAGUAGAUGGAAAUCUUGGUGUGAUGACAGCGAGGACGAUAGUCCUGGGGAGAGUGAUAUCACUAAUGGCAGUGAUACCGAGACCGAUGAACAACAAGAUCAUAAUCAAUAG